AUGGGCCAGCACCAUCCCAAGCCCGCUGACUGUCCCGACAUCUUCAACUGCCACAACCCCAAGAGCAAGCGCGAGGCCCUCCAGGAUACCCUCAACAACGCCUACGUCGAGCACCCGUGCGUCAUCCAUAUCUUCCUGGCUCUAUGCCUCGGUCUCUCCGUCGUCAACGCGAUCAUGUUAUGGCGGCUGGCUCAAAAAGCCCGUACACUGCAUUGCGAACCCAAGGUGAUCAAGAAUUUCGUCCGUGAGGGCCGCCUGAGCCGGCCUCUCCCUUCCUACGCCGAUGUCGUCAAGGACGAUCACGCUAUCCAUGAUAUCGACCUCGAGAUGGGCGACUUCGUCAAUGGCGUCGACGUCACGAAUGGUCAUCCGCGUGUCCACUUUGAGAAGGGCUGUGAUCACAAGUCCAUCGCUACUGGCCAGGGUCAGCAGGACGACUGCCGUAAGGAUCACAUCUGA